CUCCGCAAUAGCUCCUGUUUCUUUGCGACUACUACUACUCCUCCUCGUCCUUGUCCUCGUCCAUUGCGACAACCACAACAACUAUACUUCGCCCUCUCACGAACCCACCAUCUGCGACUCAGUUCAUCCUCCGCAAACAUGUCUUCCGCUACCACUUUCUACGACUUCGAGCCCGUCGAUAAGAAGGGUAACCCCUUUCCCCUCACCGACGUGAAGGGCAAAGUCGUGCUCGUGGUCAACACCGCCUCGAAGUGCGGCUUCACCCCGCAGUUCAAGGGGCUGGAGACUCUCUACCAGGAGCUCAAGGCCCAGUACCCGGAGGACUUCACCAUCCUGGGCUUCCCCUGCAACCAGUUCGGCAGCCAGGACCCCGGGUCCAACGACGAGAUCCAGUCCUUCUGCCAGCUCAACUACGGCGUCACCUUCCCCGUGCUGGGCAAGCUCGACGUCAACGGCGACAAGGCCCACCCCGUGUGGACCUGGAUGAAGCAGGAGCAGCCGGGCCUGCUGGGCAUGAAGCGCAUCAAGUGGAAUUUCGAGAAGUUCUUGAUCUCCGCCGACGGCAAGGUGGUCGGCCGCUGGGCCAGUCUGACCAAGCCCGAGUCGCUGAAGGAGCCGAUCGUCCAGGAGAUCGAGAAGGCGCGGAAGGAGGGCAAGCUGGCCUCCCAGACUAAGGGUGCUGCUGCUGCUGCUGCUGCUGAGGAAGCUCCUACUGCUACGGCGUCGGCUGCCGCGCCUACUCCUGCUGAGGGUGCUGAGGCCAACCUUUAAACAGAAUAAAUCAGAUUACGCUGGGAGAGUCUAAUUCGGG